AUGAGAUUUACUACUUUUGCCCUACUAGCCGCUGUGGCUAUUGCUUCACCUACCAAGGAGCUCACCAGCCGCGCUGAGUUGGCUCGCCGCCAGGCUACCGAGAGCUGUACAGUUGGAUACUGCACAGAAAAUGGUGGCACUACUGGUGGUGCCGCCGGUGACACCGUUACUGUUACCGACUUGGAUAGCCUGACCGAAGCCGCCGAGAGCGAGGGCGCAUUGACGAUUAUCGUCUCUGGUGAAAUUUCAGGCAGCGCGAAGAUCCGCGUUGCAGCGGACAAGACCAUCUACGGUGAAUCUGGAAGCUCCAUUACUGGCAUCGGAUUCUACAUCCGUCAGGUCAGCAACGUUAUCAUGCGUAACCUGAAGAUCGGCCAGGUCGAUGCUGACAACGGCGAUGCCAUUGGAAUCGACGAGUCCACCAAUGUGUGGGUUGACCACUGCGAUCUCUCUGGGGAUCUCGAUGCUGGCAAGGACGACCUGGAUGGUCUUGUUGAUAUCAGCCACGCCGCUGACUGGAUCACGAUUUCCAACACCUAUUUCCACGACCACUGGAAAGCCUCGCUGAUCGGCCACUCCGACAGCAACGCCGACGAGGACGAAGGAAAACUGCACGUCACAUACGCCAACAACCACUGGUACAACAUCAACAGCCGUACCCCAUUGAUCCGCUUCGCCACAGUCCACAUCAUCAACAACUACUGGGACAGCCUGCUACUGACCGGCGUCAACUGCCGCAUGGACGCGCAAGUCCUGAUCCAGAGCUCUGCAUUCGUCAACUGCCCUGACGAGGCUAUCUUCUUUGCUGACUCGGACUACACUGGCUAUGCGGUUGUUGACGAUGUUGACUUGGGCGGUUCGUCUAACUCGGUUCCUGAGGGGACUCUGACUACGGGUUCUCUGCCGUAUGAGGCGAUUGAGGCGCUUGGGUCUGACCAGGUUGCCAGCACUAUUCCCGAGACUGCUGGUCAGAAGCUGUAA